UAAAACUGUUUAUUGUAUCAGUCAGAUGAAACAGCGUCGAUGCGUCUUUUAAAACUAUAAUUUUACGUUAUGAGCUGAACUCGACUAAAAAUCGCUGCUAGCGAACCGUGAAUAUAUGUGUUCUAUGUAGGUGCAAUCUAAUCUGCCUCGACUGUUUAAGCGUGUAAUUGUUGUCUACAAAACCGGCUGAUAGUAAAAGCUCCCAUAGAAUGUGAAUAGCGAUCAGUGGGCUCAGUUUGGUGGGAGAAAUCCGUGGACGCGGUUGUGCAAUAAUGAUUGUCUUGUGGCUGAUCGUUGCUUUAAGUGUGCUAUUCCACUGGCUCUACAGGUUCAACAAGGACUGCUACAUUCUGUCUUUCUUCGCCAAAAGAGUUCGAACGAAGGAUGGAACGCCAGUGGAGAGCAUCGCACCCACUCCCAAGGGUAGAACCAUAUUUGCCAACAACUUCGACUUGUACGGCAGAGACCACGCUGGUGUUUUUCAACACUCGCGUGAUCGCGCUGCAAAAAUGGGCACCAGCUACCUCGAAUACGGAGUUGGAACGUCCAUUUACAACAUCAUCGAUGCGGAUAAUGCAGAAAAUGUAUUGAACCACCCAAAUCUGAUAACCAAGGGACUAGUCUACAACUUCCUUCAUCCAUUUUUGAGGACUGGCUUGUUGACAUCGACUGGAAAGAAAUGGCAUGCACGACGCAAGAUGCUUACACCGACUUUCCAUUUCAAUAUACUUAAUCAAUUCCAGGAGAUCUUCAAAACGGAGAGUCAAAAGUUUCUGCAACAGUUCAAGGGUCACGAUGAGGUAACCAUAUCGUUACAAGACGUAAUACCAAGAUUUACCUUGAACAGUAUUUGUGAGACGGCCAUGGGUGUUAAGCUGGAUGAGAUGGCCGAGAAGGGUGAUCGUUACAGAGAGAACUUCAGCCAGAUUGAGGAAUGCUUCAUUCGCCGCUUGAGUAACCCUCUUCUGUGGGGCGAUUCACUGUUCAAUAUGUUUGCUGCCAAGGAUUAUGCUUCGGCCCUCGACGUGGUUCAUGGGUUUUCCAGCGAAAUUAUUGCCAAACGUAGGGUUUUGCUGGAGGGCGAGCUGGGCAACAGACGAACCACCCAGACUGCAGACGAUGAUGUGUUUAUCACAAAAAAGCGUUUCGCCAUGCUGGAUACCUUGAUUUGCGCUGAAAAGGAUGGCCUCAUCGAUCACAUUGGCAUAUGUGAGGAGGUGGACACCCUCAUGUUCGAGGGCUACGAUACCACCUCAAUUGGUCUAAUAUUUGGCCUGAUGAACAUGUCUCUGAAUCCGGACAAGCAAGAAAUGUGCUUUCAAGAGAUCCAGGAGCACAUAGAAGAUGACUUAAGUAACUUGGACGUGGGUCAAUUGAAUAAGCUAAAGUACCUGGAGUACUUUAUGAAGGAAACCAUGCGCCUGCAUCCUUCGGUUCCCAUUAUGGGUCGCCAAACUACUCAGGAAACGGAGUUGGCCAACGGUCUGAUCCUGCCGAAGGGUUCUCAGAUAACCAUUCAUGUCUUUGACAUCCAUCGUAAUGCCAAAUAUUGGGAUUCCCCAGAAGAAUUCCGCCCCGAGAGGUUCCUACCCGAAAAUUCCCAGAACCGCCACACCUACGCCUAUAUUCCAUUCAGUGCUGGCCAAAGAAAUUGUAUUGGUCAAAAGUAUGCCAUGCAGGAGAUGAAAACAUUGAUGGUGGUUCUCCUAAAACAGUUCAAGAUUCUGGCAGCAAUGGAUCCAAAAGACAUUGUCUUCAAUACGGGAAUUACUCUGCGCACCCAAAACAAGAUUCACGUGAAGCUUGUGAGACGAACAUAAGUUUAGUGCUUAGUCUUUUAAAGACAUAUAUACAUAACUCUUUAUAAUGGUUAUUUAUAUCAUAAGAGUCAAAUUGACUUAGCUUGCAAAGCUAUUCGUUAAAAACUUUUCAAAGCACUGGAUAGAUUUGUUAACUAUUGUAUAACUUUAUUAAAAUCUAAAAAUUAAAUA